CAACCCGCCGAUGUUCCACAUGAACAUAAAGGACGUGGUGGGUGCGUGGAUUCACGACAUCAGCACGAGCACGCCCUACAACAGCCCCAACACCGACAGCCUGCACCUCACUCGCGCCACUGACGUGCUCGUUGAGGACUACGCGUCGCACGGAGGCGAUGACAAUGUGUCCAUGGUGGGAGGAUGCAGGAACAUCACCAUUCGCAAUGUGGUCGCCACAGCAGGCCAUGGCAUCAGCAUCGGCAGUCUGGGCGAGGGCGGCAGUCUGGCGUGUGUGUCGGACAUCCGCGUGCAGAACGUGCAGCUAGCAGCGCUCUCCAACGGGCUGCGCAUCAAAACCUACCAGGGCGGCCAGGGCGCCGUCUGGAACGUGAUCUAUGAAAACUACUACUGCGAUACCGCAACCGCAUGUCUCAUCCAGCAGAGUGCAGUGGCCAACUCUCUCUCUCUCCCUCCCUCUCCCCACUGCCCCCACCAGUACUACUGCGACAUCAGCGCAAGCUUAUGUGUGGUCCAGCAGAGCGCAGUGGCCAUAUUCAACAUCACAUACCGCAAUGUGCAGGGCACCACCAACGGUACCCGCGGGAUCACCUUCAACUGCAGCGCCUCUGUGCCGUGCCAGCAGAUUCGCCUCGACAACAUCAACAUAGAUUCGUCGUAUCCGGACGGGCACUCGAAAGCAGUCCUACAGCCCACGUAUGUGAACGUGUAUGGGCUGUCUACGGGAACGAUUAUCCCCGCGGUGUUGAACGGGACGGAUGUGAGCGGGUGGGUGGAUGCGGGGUUGCCUGUAGACCAGGCAGCUAAUUUCAUGAGUCAGGUGGCCAAGUGUGGGGUGGUGCAGCCGUGGACCUUCUCCCCGCCUCCUCCCAGCCCUCCUCCCUCUCCUCCUCCUCCCCCUCCCCCCAGCCCACCGCCGUCGCCGCCCCGACCCCCUCCCAUGCCUCCCCCACGCCAUCCACCGUCUCCCCCUCCUCCUCCGCCUCUUCCCCCCUUCCCUCCGCCUUCCCCUCCCCCUCGUCCUCCCCCGUCCCCACCUCCUUCACCCCCUGCUAUACCGCCCCCCCCACCCGGUAAACCCGUUUCCAGUGCUUUCACUUCCCCAGACGUACCCAUUUUUCCCGGUGACCCAUUCAUUCUCCCGUCUUUCUCCCCUCCCCCACCACCAUCGUCCCUAGCACCACCAUCACCAUUGCCCCCUCCUUCCCCUGAAAGACCCCCACCUCCCCCCCAGCAGCCUCUUCUAUCAACACCCACACUCCCUCCACCUCCACCCCUAUCCUCCUUCUAA